AAUUAGAGAACGCCUGGCAGAUUUUGUAGUUCUUGAGACGGUUGAGGGGCUCGAAUACUAGACGAAAAUGAGCGGGCAUGGUAAACGAUUCAUUUAUUUCUGUGGAAGUAUUCGUGGAGGGAGAGACGAUGCAGCUCUAUACAAGCGUAUCAUAGAUCAACUGAAACAAUACGGUGAUGUUUUGACAGAACAUAUUGCUGAUCCCAACUUGCUAGACAAAGAACAAGGUAGUGACAAGUUUAUUCAUGACCGUGACAUGGCCUGGUUGGAAAAGUCUGAUGCAAUAGUUGCAGAAGUCACUCAGCCUUCCUUGGGAGUUGGAUAUGAAAUAGGGAGAGCAUUUGAGAAGAAAAAGAAGAUUCUUUGUCUGUUUAGACCUGACAGUGGAAAACAUCUUUCUGCCAUGAUCGGGGGAGCAAUUGGAGAAAACGUGCAAGUGAAGAAUUAUAAAGAGGAAGAUGUUCCUGAAAUCCUUAAAGAGUUUUUUUCUUCUAUUUAAUAUUCAGCACAGAGUUGCUUGGACAGUGGAGUUUUAUUGUCUAUUUUUGUCUUUUAUUUACUUUUUGUGCCUCAGUACAAUUUAAGAAAUUUAUUGGGCAUAAAAAUUGUGCGAAUUUUGUAGUUUGUCUUCAAUCUAAAAGUACAAGUUCUCUCUAAAUAAAAACAUCUAAAAUAAAACACUGAAAAUUUAAGGUAGACAUUGUGGAAAGAGGUCUUAGAGUAAAAACUGCCCUUGUCACGCGGAGAACUAAAUAUAUCUGAAUGUUUCUUGUCAUGCUUCACGUGUAGAUCAGUGUUGCGCUGGUUGAAACACGAGUUACGGCAAUGUAUAGGUUUUUUCUUAAUUCCACUUCACUUUUAGAAAUAUGUAU